AUGGGAGCUGGUCCUCGUUACCCUUAUCCGAAGGAGGUGUGGUCGCCAAGUGGUGGUUGGUGGUCACGGCCGAAAAACUGGGCGACCAACACCUUGGUGGUGGCUAGUGGCCUGGCCGUCAUUUCGUACGGUAUUUUCAAAUUCGGAGCUGAGCGUGAAUGGCGUCACCAGCCUCCGAUUCACCCGAUUCCGUCGCAGCUGUGGGCUCGCCAGUUCCGUGAAGGCGAACUGAAGGUCAAGUCCGAAGAGUAA